AAUUUGUCGUAGGCGUGUACUGCACACGAAACACUGCGUCCGACGACACUUCAGCAUCGAUUUUGUGCGCAAAUAUUGCCGUAUUUCCAUUGGUUUUUCUUCCAUCGGAAAAUGGGCGAAUUCAUUGGAAAUGAGGAAUUUCAGAAUUUUAUGAAAGCAACCGGAUUUAUUCAAGAAUUCACUAGACGAUUAUUGGAGCGGAGUUCGAAAAAUAUUAUAAAAAUCCCGGACAAUCUAUCAAAUGUGAACCAGCUAACGUGUCUUGUCAAACAAUUUUUGCGUGAGCAGCAGGAUUUGGCCGUGAAAGUGGAGAAAGUUCAGGAAAAUCAGAAGAAUUUGAGCGAUUUUGUCAAAGAGAAACUGACGAACUGCAAUUGCCACGUGCAAUUAGAUGUAAGAAAUCUGCUGGCUAAGGAGAUGAAGCUACAGGAUUUACGGCAAGACGACGGAUUGGAUUUCUCUAUAAAACUGCCAUCCACCUCCUCAACUGACUUCACCGUCUCCCUCAAUCAAGUAGUCGACGCGGAUGCUCAACAACGAUUCGACCUGGAACUUCUGAAAAUGUUCGGCGCCGGGAAUAUUCCCCAUUUUCAGCCACCACCAGACCUCUAUCAGCACCAUCACAUUCCUCACACGUCACAACAGGUGGCUCAGGAGAAUCUAGCAAUGUUGGCGAAUGUACCAAAAUUAGAUGACAAUAACGCGUAUUUCGACACUUUUUCACCGGAAAAAUCGGGGAAAAGGGCGAAAAAACGGGCGGCCCCGUCGUCGGCUCACGAGGCCCAGCCCAACAAUGGACCUUAUAAAUGUCGAGACUGCGAGAAAACUUUCCGGCAAAAGCAUGGGCUCAAUCAACACUUGCUCACUCAUGAGACGAAUGGAGCAUUUGAGUGUGAUGGGUGUGGGAAGCGAUAUUCGAGACAAGAAAGUGUUUAUCGACAUCAGAGAAGCACCGCCGAAUGCUCAAAAUAUCUUCCGUUGGCUCUAAUCAAUGGCACGGUCGCCCGAAAUCCCGUCGCCACGUGGGAUACACCAACUGCUGAAAUAUUGCAAAAGCAUCGCAUUCUUUUCGAGCACACCAUGCACAAAAUACCAGAAUCUAACCACUGUGGAACACGAUGACACCGGAGCAUUAUUUUGAAUUUUUCUUUAAACUUUCUCCCAAUUUUUUUUUCUAGAAACCCCCGCAUUUAUUUCUUCCAAUUUCCUCGCCUUUUUCACAUUUAUUACGAGUUUUCCGAGAAAGGGUAAUCGAUAUAUCGCUAAAAUUUCAAAUUCCACGUGUUUUAAUGUAAAUAGGCUGAAUUUUUUUUCCGUUUUUCACGAAUGUGUAAUAUUAUUUUUUUGUUGUAUUUUUUUUGUAAAUUUAUAAAAAAUCAAAGAAAUAAAAUUUAUUUUAGGCACUGUUGAGCAACCUGAGUUGUGGAAUAAAAAUAAAAAUUGGAAAAUUAAA